ACAACACGAAACUCGCGACAAAACACUCGCGCUCUCAAAGAUGGCGGAUGGGUUGCGCGAGUGUCGCAACGAGCCGAAACAAAUGAAUAAUUUAACUUUUUCCGGGCCCGAUUCACGACAAGAUGACUCAAAAAAGUGCAGUGAAGAAACUUUCGACGAAGAUGAUGUGAAGUUGUCGUUCUACGCUGGACUGAAAUCGAGUGAAUCGUGUGGGAAAAGUUUUACGAGCGGCGUGGUCGCCGCUGGUGCACCGACCGACUCCAAGAAAGAUCAAGUUCCAGAAUCGGCGGAAUUUAACCGGAAAGAUGUUGAAGAUAGGAAGAAGCGUUGUUUCGACCGAUACGACAGCUCCGAAUCUUCAGACAGUGGCGUAGCAGUAUCGAGUCCGACAGAAAGCAGCGGCAGUAGCGACAUCACGGAGCCCGGGUCCCCGCGGAGCCCCGAGUCGUGCGACGCGAGCGAAGAGGCGUGCGCGCGCAUGCCGCCCUGGUCGUGCGAGCCGGCGCCGCGCCGCGCCGCGCCCGCCGCCCGCGCGCUGCCACCGCCGCCGCCGCUGCACCGCCGCAUCACGGAGUACUUCAACCACAAGAUGAAGCCGCACAACCACCUCAAGCGGGACGCCGCCAAUAUCAACAACGAUGACACCAAGAAGAAGUGUCAGCCUAAGAACGGCGUCACCAACGAACUUGAGAAGUACAUCUCCUUUCUGUCACAGACCUUCAACCCGAGGGUCCUGAUGGACGUCGGCAAACAAGCCGAUGCCGCCUCGCGCAAAAACACCCAAAUUAACAGCUCGGACGCCAAAGGGUUCAGCAACGGCAAUGUUAAUGGCCUCAUAGACUACAGCAGGCCUAAAGAUGGAAACGUCAAGUCACAUCCGAUGGCUAACGGUUUUACCGAUAACAUACAAGCCCCGGAAACGCAACCCAAGGGCAAGAUGCCGAAUGGACAGCUGAACGGGUUGAAGGACAAUAAAAAACAUGGACUCGAAAUGAAGAUAGCACCAGACCCAUCCGCCAAUGGAAUCGUCUACAAGAAAGUUACAGGUCCUGUCAAACGUAAAAUGCCGAUUGCAGCUAGUAACGAUUUAGUUGGAUUAAGAGUGACACAAGCUAAACCCGACUCAACCAAGUCGAACACGAAUGAUGUUGUAACAUCUACAACUAAAUUAGACAGCAAAAUGAAUGGGGUCACGUGUGGAUCGAACAACAUCAGCUUAAAUUCUAUAGCUCCGAAAUUAGCGCCGGCUAAACGUGAAACACAAAAGAAGUCUGCGCAGCCAACCAAAAGAACAAACCGCAAGUCAUCGGCGUGCAUCGCUAACAGCAAGAACCUUACGUGGUCAAAAGCAAACAAUUUCAAACAGGUUCAGCUUCAAAAACAAAAUUGUGUUAAUGCAGUGCAGGGCUCGCCCGUCAAGAACGUGCCAAGUGAUCCGAACACGACGGCAAACAUAAAUAUUCCAAAUGGUGUGAGACAGGUUCCGAUGGCAGUGAACGGUAGUCUCGGUAAUUUAAACGUACCUGCUACAAAUUUUCAAAACUGUCACCAACUCAACCUUCAGCAACAGUGUAAUGGCACAGUAACGUCCACUAACUUGGGAUCGUUCGUGGCCAUGCCGCAUCACAAUGUCAUGCUCACAACGCUCAGGAUACCACAGAACGGUAUUCCAGCUCAGUCAGUGAACCCUCACAAUAAUAUGGCGGCAUUCGGGCGACAAAACGUCAAUGUUUCAAGUCCGACGAAGCUGAAUGGCCAAAUUGUGUUUCCGCUCGUUCAAAAUCUAAACGGUGCGGUCGUUCAAAUACCUAACUUUGUCCUUCCUCAAACAUCACAACUCACUGCGCAACGACAAGACCACAUGCAAAAUCAGCAAGCGGCGCAAAUUUUAAUAAACGGAACGCUUUUGAAACUUGCAAACACAAUGGCUUCCCCGUAUGCAAACGUUAAUAAAACUAUGCCGCCUUCGUCUCAACCGAUGCCGGUUGGAACCAAGAACGUACCUGGCAUGCCGCCCGUUGGGAUGACAGUCCAGCCAAAACCAAAUUACGCUGUGAGCUAUAGCCAUCCGAUGCUAGUUUCGCAGUCGGGAUUCAUCGUCACAUCAGUGCCAAAUAUGAACGUUAAGGAGACGUGGAGCAGCACUAGUACCUACUCGGCAUCGUCGACGCAGAGCUCGUCGUGCGGCGCGCCCAUGGUCCCCACGUUCCUGGGCCAACCGCUGCACACCAGCAGUAUCCCCAUCGCGCCCGUCAAGCCGCCCGACAACCCCAUCCAGGGCACCGACCCACCCAGUAGCACCGUUAAGGAACCAGAAACAAUUAGUGAUAGCACAACUUCCAAGUGUGAUAUACCGUGGCUGUCGAAAACAGUCAACAAUAAUCAUGUCCCAUUAGAUUCUAAUAAAUUUACGAGGCCUUUUGCACAAGUGAGCAAAUUAUCACAGAAGCUUCCAGAAUUUAUUCCGUCGGACUUAAUUACGGAUGAGAAGUCUGAAGUAGAAUCGGACAAACUGAGAAUGGAGAAGACGAGUGAGGAAAUAAGAAGAGUGGAAGAAGUGGCGAGGAGAGAGGAGACCAUAUUCACCCAGAUAACUGUUUUGAAGGACGUUUCAUCUAACGUGCAGAGUUCUGUGAUAGAGUCAAACUACUCUAGUGCGACAACCGAGUCUUCCGAGUCUGGUAUAGGGACGGACAAGUCUAUCGACUCGCCGAGCGACUCGCAGGCUAGCAAGGAGUGCGAUGACGACUCCUCCCUGUCCCUGAGCGUGAGUGUCUGCUCCAUGGACGUGCAGAGUUCACAGAAGAGCCCUAUCCUGAAGCAGCCCAAGACGCUUCGGUUUCCACCGAAAAGCCUAGUGAAAACAGAGAAAGACAAGAGAACGUCUAGCACGGACACGUCAUCUACAGUUACCAUUUGCUUGUGGGAGAACUGCAAUAGGGAGUUGGACAGUGACACUGAUCUCCUAGAGCACUUACAGAUGGACCACGUGGAAACGCAAGCUGGCCGCGAGAACUACACCUGCCAAUGGCAGGCGUGCAAGGUGAAGGGCAAGCCGUCCUGUUCGCGGCUGUGGCUGGAGCGCCACGCGUUGUCCCACGGCGGCAACAAGCCCUUCAAGUGCAUCGUCGACGGCUGCGGCAAGAGGUUCUCCACUCAGAUUCUGCUGGAACGCCACGUCAACCACCACUUCAACGAGCAAGCUCCAGGGUCCAACACCAGCAAGAAGAGUGCUGAUUCCGCGCCCAAACUGUUCCGGAGGAAUGGCAAGAAGCUGCGCUAUAGGAGACAGCCUUGGUCUGCGCGCAUGUUCGACUUCUUCGACGCGGGCACGAUGGAGGGCCUGGCGUGGCGGCUCGGCCGCAUCACGCGCUGGCGGCUCGGCGGCUCGUGCCCACUGCGGGAGCCGCAGGGCGCCCACACGUUGACCCUGCAUGCGGUACUCACGGCCACGCGGUACAACGCGGUUGAGGAGAGACGGGAGGCGCUCGUGUCUUACUACCCACCGCAUAUACUGGAGGACGAGUGGGUCCCGGAGCGCGAGGUGCGGCGCACGCGGCGCGUGGAGCUGUCCGCGCUGCCCGCGCCGGCCAAGGUGCUGGUCUACGAGCAGUUCUGCGCCUCCUACAGGAAGAGCCCCUCGCCGCCGCCCCCCGCCCCCACACCCGCCCCCGCCGUCGCGCGCCCCGCCCCCCGCCUGCUGCCCGCCCGGCACUGCACCAGCUCGCGCCUACUCAACAACCUCAUCGCCAAACAGAAGAACGUCGAGCCCAAGGAGGACUGCCCCGCCAACAACCUGCCCAUCAUCUACAAGGAAGAAGAGAAGGUGGAGGUCAGCGGCGCCAAGAAGCGGAAGAUGGGCCGGCGCCACGGAGGCAACGCCUUCUGGCCCUGCGGACGGUAGGCUUGAAAGUUGCACGCUAGGGACUCGCUCACAAGGCAAAUGUUGAUUCUAAUACAGCCGGCAGGACGACACGUCGCUGUUCUCGCCAAAGAUUGAACGGUUUGCACAGACUGCUAGUUACAAUAUCGAUGUAGCAGAGUAAAUUUUUUAUAAACAAGACUGAUAAUUACCUUUUAUAUUUGAUCUAAAACGGCAUUUUAAGCCUCUACACGAUUAAGCGGUAAUUGAGUUAGAGAAAAGGAACAAAGUUGUAAAUAGUUAGGAUGAAAUGUAAAAAGCGGUUGUUAAGGUAUUCUACUAUAGGACGACGCGGCGGUCCGCCAGCGGCCGCCGUGAGUUAGGUUAGUUAGGAGUUCGUACACGCGCGGACACGCCGUGGAGAUGCGACCAGCGAGGAAGCAACACUGCCAAUAAUGUACAUAGUAGCUGUAAUACAUGACGGGGACGGAUCGACUAUUCCUCCUACUUUAGGAUAAUUUGCGUUCUUCGCUUUAUUGAUGUGGUUUUUUAUUAGUAAUAAUUACUACCCCGCGUCUCGACUGUUGCUUUCGCUUUUUCGAGGUGCCAAUCUUAAUUUCCAGUCAAUUGAUAAGUUAGGUGAUAGGGCGAGUGGUCAUGACGACGCGGCGCGAGGGCGCUUCAUGAAUCACCAAGUGCCUGACGAAGUGCAGUUAGUACUGAAUAUACCGACGUAGUGUUCACUUAUUAUAUCAGUAUCCGUGUAGUCAUAUCAAAACGAAAACUCGCAGUCUAGUAUUAGGGAAUUAAUCAUUUUGAUAUCCAACUGUUAAAGUGGAUUCGUUUUUGAAACGCUUUACGGAAUCAACAACUGUCUGAACAACAAUUAACUCCAAGUAUAAAUGAUAAUGUUAUUGUAAUUGCUCGUAUCGUAUCACUGCCAUUCGAAGUUGUAUUUUAUGUACCGAGUCUUUUUGGAUUGUUACUGAAUUUUGAUAUUAUUCAUGUACUUGUUAUGUUGCAUUGCAACCGAUGAGCAAUUUUGUCAACGAUGAAUGAUUCAAAUUUUAGAAUGAUUUCUAUGAAAUAUUAACGACAAAUAUUAUGAACUGUUAGCAAUAAACGUUUGUGAUAAGAACAAAUAGAUUUACUUCCGUACGCACAUUGUCGCUGCGUGCCGUAGCUUUAUUCACUCUACAGUAUCAUAGUUUACAAGCCAAUUAUUUAAAUGUUCAUAGCCGGUGUAGACCAACAUAUUUAGAUGUAAACAUUUUUUGAUGUCACUUAUACAGAAGUUGUCAGAUUUGAAUGCCUUUUUAGUCGUAAGGGACUAUACAAGUGAAAAAAAUGUGUUCUGUGCUCAGACGAUCUCGCUAGUGUUUUUAGUUAGUGCCUAUAGCGUUAAGUUAGGAUGGAUUACGUGGACAUAAAUUUAAUGUAUCAAACUGAUUCGAGUCGACUAUUUCAAUAUACAUAAGUGAAGAAUAUACCCGAGAUUGUACGUACUAGUUUUGAUUGUAGUGCGUAAGGUGCCCCUAGAGUAAUGUUAAGGAAAUGUUGUAUUUGUCUAUACAUAGAGGGACCUUUAGCCUUCAUCUGUUGGGAGCAUGUGCCUGUCUGUAAGAGGGUUAUAUUGAUCGAUGCUUGUGCGGCGCAGAGUUGGUAAUAGAAUGCUACAGAUUGGUAUAUAAUGUAAUGUGGACAGUUUCGAUUUGGAUUGAAUAGACUCUUGGAUUCGAAGCUGAUCUCCGGAUAUGUGAGGCCACAUACAUAACGCUGGCCAUGUGAGUUACUUAUGAAAUAGCGUUGAAUGAAACAUAGUUGAAAUUAUAGUGCACAUGGCCGGUCCGGUAUGUAUGUGGUCAAGUAGGCAAUUGUAUCUUUAGUCAAGUUGGUGCCUGAGCGACGGGAAUGUCGGCGGUUCGUAUUGUACUAUGGAAUAAUAUUAGGACUCUUUAUUUGGAACAUUUCCAAAGUACUGAUUAUUUUUAUAAAUUUAAAAUUUAGUAUUUAGACGAUUAUUUUCGAUUCCGCACUGAUUAAAGUGCCAUAUUUUAUUGGCUCGCUUUUGACGUAAUAUUUAAUUUACUAGUGAAAUUCGACACCAAAAUCCGAAAGGCAAACAAAUUUUUGUUCUUUGCUUAAUUAAUGGACUCGAUUUUGAUCUCAAUUAAUAAUCGGAAAUUGAUUGAAAUGGUUCUCUGCAAUAAUCAAAAUGUAUUCUUGAAAGUCCCUUAGGUUUUAAUAGGAAAAUACGCUCAAUCCUUAGUUUCUAUUAGUGCAAAACAGUGCAAUUGUUUCUCCUUAAACCUACAUACUUGUACUCGAACAAAAUUAUGUAUAAGCGACUAAAUCACAGCACAUUUGGCCUAGAACUGCUUACAUGUAAAAGUACAAAUUUUAUUUUGCUAACAUUGAAAAGUUUGUCGUAAUAAUCAUAAGAUAUAUUUUGUGAGUCGCCAUCUUAGAGGCACUAAAUUGUAUAAAAGCAAUUUAAUUAGGUACUAAACUAAGAGAAGCGAUAUAUUUUAUCACUGCCACACAAUAGUCGUAAAGUAUCGAAUCAAAAAUAAGAUUUUUUAAGUGUUGUGUACCAUUUAGCCCGUUUAAUACUUAGCCCAUUCUUAAUAUUGUCAUAUUAGAUUCUUUUGAUGAAAUAAUUUAAGGGUAUCAAAUUCAAUUUUGUAUGUAAACUGAUGAUUACUUUCCCAUUGUUAUUUCCAUGGACAAUGAAAUUGUGAGGGCGUGAAACACAUUACAGCCGCGGAGCCUGCCUAUCAUAUCAAUGCCCAAAACCUGAAACAUUGUAUAUAGUUUUGAUCUUUUACUGUAAUUUGCUUCGCGCCUCUUAGAUAUGUAUAGGUUGGACCGUAGCUGAAGGAGAGUGGGCGGUGUCCGAGCUCCCAGAGAUUGUUAGGGAGCCGGGCGGCCGCGGGCAGGCCCGGGCACUGACGCCACCCUGCCCCGGCCGUGUACCGCCGCCGCCGGGGCAGUCCGGGACCUGCCGAGGCGUGGUUAGAAUAGAAUAGUUCUCGAGAGGCGUUGUCUGUCUCAUGUUUCCUAUAUGCGUUUAUUAUAUGAAUGUUCUCUUUUAUUGUAAAUGUUUUAACGAGAAUUCAAUAGCGACUAUGCGGAACGACUGGUUUCCUAAUAGUGUGCACUAAUUAUAUUCAAUUUGUAGAUAUUUAAUUAUAUAGUAUAAUAUUUUAAUGCGUUGUCUUAUUAUUUGCGUAAUCCCUCUAAGUUGAGAUCCGAAAAUAAUUAUAAUUUGGUCCCGAGCGUACGCCGGGUUAUCUACCUCAAUUAAUUUAUCACACAUUCGGGCAUAAUAAUGUUAAUUUGUAGCUGAAACCUCGAAGUUUGUUCAGUGUAUUGGUUUUAAGAUUUUCUAAUACAAUGGUUUGUCCACCUGUCACAAGUAAUGUAUCUUAUAUUAAAUACAAUAUUGUAUGAUUGAA